GGAGGAGGAGGAGGAGGAGGCGGCGAGAAGAUGGCGACUUCGAACAAUCCGCGGAAAUUCAGCGAGAAGAUCGCUCUGCACAACCAGAAGCAAGCGGAGGAGACGGCGGCUUUCGAGGAGGUCAUGAAGGACCUGAGCCUGACGCGGGCCGCGCGGCUCCAGCUCCAGAAGUCCCAGUACCUGCAGCUGGGCCCAAGCCGUGGCCAGUACUAUGGUGGAUCCCUGCCCAACGUGAACCAGAUUGGGAGUGGCACCGUAGAUCUGCCCUUCCAGCCCAGCGGAUAUCUGGGGGAGGCUCUGGCAGCGGCUCCUGUCUCUCUGACACCCUUCCAGUCCUCAGGCCUGGACACCAGCCGAACUACCCGGCACCAUGGGCUAGUGGACAGAGUGUACCGGGAGCGUGGCCGCCUUGGCUCCCCACAUCGCCGGCCCCUGUCAGUGGACAAACAUGGAAGGCAGGCGGACAGCUGCCCAUAUGGCACUGUGUACCUCUCGCCACCUGCAGACACCAGCUGGAGAAGGACCAAUUCUGACUCUGCCCUGCACCAGAGCACAAUGACGCCCACCCAGCCAGAGCCUUUUACGGGUGGGUCCCAGGACGCACACCAGAAAAAAGUCUUACUAUUAACAGUCCCUGGAAUGGAGGAGACCACAUCAGAGAUGGACAAGAACCUUUCCAAGCAAGCAUGGGACACCAAGAAGACGGGGUCCAGGCCCAAGUCCUGCGAGGUCCCUGGAAUCAACAUCUUUCCAUCUGCUGACCAGGAAAACACUACAGCCCUGAUCCCUGCCACCCACAACACGGGGGGCUCCUUGCCUGACCUGACCAACAUCCACUUCCCCUCCCCCCUCCCGACCCCGCUGGACCCCGAGGAACCCACCUUCCCUGCGCUGAGCAGCUCCAGCAGCACCGGCAACCUCGCAGCCAACCUGACACACCUGGGCAUCGGCGGUGCCGGCCAGGGGAUGAACACGCCUGGCUCCUCGCCACAGCACCGCCCGGCCGGCGUCAGCCCGCUGUCCCUGAGCACGGAGGCAAGGCGGCAGCAGGCCCAGCAGGUGUCGCCCACUCUCUCCCCACUGUCACCCAUCACUCAGGCCGUGGCCAUGGACGCCCUGUCUCUGGAGCAGCAGCUGCCCUACGCCUUCUUCACCCAGGCGGGCUCUCAGCAGCCGCCGCCUCAGCCUCAGCCCCCGCCCCCGCCGCCGCCUGCGUCCCAGCAGCAGCCACCCCCGCCGCCCCCGCAGGUGCCUGUCGGCCUCCCCCAGGGCGGCUCCCUGAUGCCGAGCGCCAGCCUGACUCGGGGGCCCCAACUGCCCCCACUUGCGGUCACGGUACCGUCCUCUCUCCCCCAGUCCCCCCCAGAGAACUCGGGCCAGCCGCCAAUGGGGAUCGACACUGCCUCGGCGUCGGCUCUGCAGCAGUACCGUACUAGCGCCGGCUCCCCAGCCAACCAGUCUCCCACCUCGCCCGUCUCCAAUCAAGGCUUCUCCCCCGGGAGCUCCCCACAACACUCUUCCGCCCUGGGCGGCGUGUUUGGGGACUCAUUCUAUGAGCAGCAGAUGGCGGCCAGGCAGGCCAAUGCUCUGUCCCACCAGCUGGAGCAGUUCAACAUGAUAGAGAAUGCCAUCAGCUCCAGCAGCCUGUACAGCCCGGGCUCGACACUCAACUACUCCCAGGCGGCCAUGAUGGGCCUCACGGGCAGCCACGGGAGCCUGCCGGACACACAGCAGCUCAGCUUCCCCAGCCACAGCAGCAUACCCAACAUCAUCCUCACAGUGACAGGAGAGUCCCCUCCCAGCCUCUCUAAAGAACUGACCAGCACGCUGGCCGGGGUCGGUGACGUCAGCUUCGAUUCUGACAACCAGUUCCCCUUGGACGAACUCAAGAUUGACCCCCUGACCCUGGACGGACUGCACAUGCUCAAUGACCCAGACAUGGUCCUGGCCGACCCGGCCACCGAGGACACCUUCCGGAUGGACCGUCUGUGAGCCGCACGCCCGGCACACGGCCGCCCAGCCCCUGGCUCCGUCACCCCACCGGUCAGUGGUCCCCACGGCGUCCCCCCAAGCCUGGGGACGGCGGCGCUCCGUCCCUCGCAAACGGCCGAGCUUGUGAUUCUGAGCUUGCAAUGCCGCCAAGCGCCCCAGCCCACCCGCCCGCCCACCCCGGUCGUCCACCUCCCGCGUGAGGCCGCGUGUCGUCGCCCCCGCGGACCCUCCCUGCUCUCUCGUCCCCCUGUAAGAUGCGGAAAGCGUGCUGGGCAGGGCCGCCGGCCUCGGGGGGCGCCGUGCUCUGCGACGGUGGUGGGCUGAGGUGCAUCUUGCGACUGUUGUCCAGCUCUCACUGCCUUCCUUUGUCCCCGGUCCCCCCACCCGCCCGUGCCCCCAGCCCUUGGUUAGGUAGCGAGCCAGCCCCACCCUGCCAAAAGGAGAAGGCGCCGGGGGCGGGGGGUGGGCGGACAUGAAGCGGAAAUAAACACUAUUUGGACUGCCGUCUUUUAUAUUUCUGAGCACACACAGAACACUAGACUCCAUCCCACGGAGGUGGGAUGCGAACAUGUGAACGGAGCAUGCGAAGCAGCUACAUCUCCCCCGGGGCCCAGUAGGGAAGCCCACGGCCCCCCCCCCCUCGCCACCCGCAGCUGGGCCUCUCGGUGGCCACCUUUGCUGUGAAAUCCCCACCCAGGCCUGUCGGGGAUGCACGUGGAGGCGGGGAUUAUUUCUAGGGGGUUUUGUGACUUGUUUCCAUCUUUCUUUCUCUGUACCGUGGUCACUGUUACUAUUAUUUAAAGAAUGGCCGGGGGUGGGGGGGUGGAGGCGGCCGGGGCAUUUUUUUGGUUUGUUUCUUUCGGUUUGUAUUUACAUUUGGGUUGUAGAUGAAUAACUGACUCCUUCAAGCCAACACUUGCUGAGAGCAUGUUUUUAUUCUAGAAAUCCAACGUUAUAAUAUUUGUAAGCUAACUGGAAGUGGUCUGCUGCCUGCCCGGGUCUGAGCUGCAUCUCUGGCCUUUUUACUUUUGCUCCGUUAUCCCAAAACAGAAGGACAUGAGGUUGGGCUGGGCUCGCUGGGCUGGGUGGGCACUCUGGCAGAAGCUGGCAGCAGCGGCCAGAGGGACCUCCGCUCUGAUCCCUAACAGACUUCUGGGAAGGAGCCCCGGCUUCCAUCAGGGGUCUCGUGAAGACCCAGCUCUGCCCGGCCUUCCCAAAGGUGCCAGCCAGUCCUCAGGGCAGGCCUGUCCUAGACCCCGUGGCUGGCGGCAGCAGCUGCGGCCCCUCUGUCCUGAGAUGCCCCGGAGAUGAGCCUGUCCUCAGCACCCCCAUCCCAAGGACCAGCCGACAUUCAUCCCCUCCCACCAUCCCGCCAUCUCUUUCGUAGCCCUUCCUGGCAGGGCCGGAUUUGGAGAUAAAGAGCAGUGUGCAUUUUAGCGGCUGGUUUCCAGGUGCUUCUCAAAGUGCCUCAGGAGGCCCAGGUGACCAUCCAUCGGGGCUCACUGGAGCACCAGAGGCCACCCCUCUGCCCUACAGGCCCUGCGAGGGGGGCGACAGGGCUGGCUUUGUGUUCUGUCAGUUGCUUUGGAAUAGGAACGUCCGUUUCAUUGCCUCCGACGUCACAUCUCGAGUUCUUACUCGCUCCUCCGCCUGCCAGCAGGGCUGGCACCUCCUGCCUGGUGCGUUUCCGCCUCCGUCGGGGUCUUGGGAGCUCCCGCCUCUUAUCUGUGGGAGCCAGAUUUGAUCCUAGCGACCAUCCCUCUCUCUCGUUCCCUGGCCGGGCUCUUAGCACGUGGCCAAGUGGCCGCGUGGCCCCACAGUCGGGAAGCCCCCUGUCCUCGGUCACUUGGCCUCCGCCGCUGUUGUCUGGACUGGAGUUAGGGUUAGUGUCAGUCCAUCCAGGUCAAGGGCCCAUCUUCUUUCCAGGGCUGGGGGCAAAGGGCGAGGACUCUUUUUUUCUUUUUUUAAAGAAAAACUACAUGUAUGUACAUAGAAGGGUUUGAUUACCAUUAGACUUGUAUGUAGAACUUUUUUAAAAAAAUGGCCUUAAUAAAAUUACAAGCAACCUUCCUGGAUGCCAUUUUCAAGCAAGGAGUUGGGGACCCCGUGAGGGAGCCCCAUCAGCCCACACUUCCCAUCUGCCCAGCACUGGGUUCUUGGUGCAGAUGGGCAGGGAAGGAGGGCCUCUCUAGCCCCAUGGCCCGCUUCUAGCGUCCCUCGGCCAGGAGCACAGGUGACACUGUAUUAACACGGCAGCCUCAGCCCGUGAGGGGCGUUAGGUGCAGAGCUUUCCCGGGGAGGGGAUCCAGCCAGGAGCCAGCGGCCAGGUGUCCUCAAAGGGUUCACUGCCCCGUCCUGGGCCUGGGCAGGCCUCUGGGGGUCUACAACAGGGGAUUUUGGUUUUUUUCUUAAGUAUCAUUUCUCUACUAAAUGUUGAAUAUGAAUUGCCAAGACUUUUAGAAACAGGACAGCUUAAGGGAAUCAGCCCUUUGACUUGUGAUGUGAAAAUACUGUGAUUUCAGGCGAGCUGCGCCGUGAGGGGUGAGCCGGGGCCCCUGCAUCGUGUAUAUAGACCCGCUCGCUGUGGCCGAGCCCCCCUCAGCUGUGCAAACCUUUCCUCCGGGAGCGUGAGCCAACCAGCGUGUCCCCACCUGCCUCAGUUUACCCUCUGUCCUCUGAGCCCCCAGGGUGGUAAAUUUGUUCCCCCAUGAGGCUCCAUGGGCCGAGGAUGAGACCUGGGGUCAGCCUGUCUCUGUGUCCCCCAGAGAAGAGAGUUCAUGCUCCUGGUCCCCACCCCCCGCCUGUCAGCAUCACCCCUGCAGUACCCGGGGUUGACUUGGGGAAGGAGAAGGAGGAGUCUCGUGGGGAUCACGUCCCUGUCACAGGUACCUGUGAGGACUCCACCCACACCGUGCCCUUAGCAGAGGGAAGACAGGCAGCACUGUUUGGGGUACCCUGCCGCCCCCUCCCCGCUUUCCUUGCACGCCUUGCUUCCCCCCAGCGCUCUUCCGGGCAAGAAGGGUAGGGGUCAGUCCCUUGGGGCAGGGGGCCCUGAGACCCUCAGUGGAAAGCUCAGGGGGCAGGUCGACCCUUCAGCAAAAUUUGGAGGCCCACGGCCAGCGGUAUCCAAAAACCAGUCAGGCUUCCCUGUGGGGACAAGUACACAGCAGAAGGGACCCUAAUUGCAUUGGGUCCAGCCCCCAACCCCAGUGUGGUCCACGGAGUUCCCUGGGACCAGGCCUGCGAGGCUGGAAGGCAAGGGCAGGUGUGUGUGUUUGCAGCCCUUUCCCCAGCAACGCCUCCAUGCUCACCUCCAGCCUCCCCACUGGCUUCAGGGCCACCUGCCUGCCCGCCCAGGGGGUAUGCACUGGGGGUGCUUGGCCGGCCUUUGCGGCCUGUGUGCUGUUACCUCCUUGUGGGUUUUGAGGGCUGGGCAGGAGGGUUCUGACGUCGUAGGUGUGCUUGGCCUGAUUUCUUCAGGCGGCCGACCUCCCAGGAGGGCGGCCAGCCAAAUGGGCCCGUCGUGAGGCCUGUAUGUCACAGUGGGGCGGGCAAGGACAGCUGUCCAUCUGUCCGUCCAUCAGAUGCUGUGAAACUCCUGCAUGGAGGGCGAGACGUCCCGUGUCGUCCAUCCAUCCUGCUGGGGUGGGUGUCCAGUUUGGGGACCGCGUGCAUGCCAGGUGCUGGCUGCGGCCUGGUCUCGGGGGACGGGAGUAGGUACGAGGCCCAUGGAGGUGCUGGGUAGGACUCAAGAAGCAGGGGCGACCCCCCUCUGUCCAGCCUCCUGGGCCUAAUGAGCCCCCCUCAUCACCUGCUCCUAGAGAAGACUUUGUUGACCUGGAGGCCUCCAGGCAGCUGAGAACGCCUGGGAUGGUGCACCCCUCCCCAGACCUCCACAUUUCAGCUGACCCUGAGCUAGUUCAUAACCAAACUUGCUGCCAAACUCCUGCCCCCAACUGAAUUCUGAGUCUUCUGCAUUUCCAAAGAAGGCAUCCCCACCCCAGGGUGCAGGCUGGGUGUGGUGAGGCCUGGUGGGGUCAGGAGACCCUCCACCUCCCCUGCCCCCGCCCCCAGCCCUGACACAGCAGUAGCAGCACCCAUCACCCUCACUGGGUUCUGAGGGAGCUGUAGUCAGAGUCCUCAGGAUGCCCUUGGCGUGGUGUUGGGGCACAGGGGUGCAAGGUCAAGGGUACCUGCUGCUCUUGGGCCUGGCCUACCACCCCUGCAGGUGACGCUUCAGGUGAGGGAGCUGUGGCCACCUGAGCUCCGCCCCCCCCCCCCGCCACGUGACCUGAAGAGCUGGGGGGAGGAUUUGGCACCUCGCCUACCCUGGGAGGCCUGCCUGGGGUGAGUGGGCAGCCAGGUCUGUUUCUGCCCGAGUUCUCCGUGGACCCUGAGCCCCCAUCCCCUGGGGGUCUCACAGCAUAUGACAGGGGUCCUUGGGACAUUCCUUUGUCAGGCCCUGCCCGGCCAGCUUGGCCUGAACCAACUCUUUUUGGCUUCCUCGGCUAUUGGGGGUCCUGGCUGCGUGGGGCUCAGGAACCUCUCAUAACUGUUGGUGUACCACAGGCGGCUGGCCACAGACAAGAGUUCUUCCCCAAUGGAGGUGGGGUGACCUGCACCCCUAGGCCUGGGCACUGGGGUACUCCUGAAGGCGCUGGGGGGCAGACAAGACCCUUGUGACCCGGGCCUCAGUUCCCUCUUGUCAUUAGCUCAGGCCCACGGGUCUCAGGGCCCCAGGCUCAUCCCAGGCAGGGGCUGGACAUCAGGGGCUGGUUCCAGACAGCUCCCUCUGCCUUCUGCCCUCCUGGCCAGUGCCCAGCACCCUGGCCCGAGGAGCCAGUGACACUUGGGUUGCCCCCAUCUUGCAGGGUUGUGGAAUUUGGGGGUAAUCGAUGCCCAGCCUGUCAUUUCUGACCUCCUGCCAACCGGGGACAAGGGGACACAGCUGUGGCAUUUGCCACCAGACUCCGGAAGGGAGGGCUUUGGCAGUCAAGGUCCACUGGCCCCGCCAUGCCCUCCGUUGGAAACUGCGCCUGCCCCUCCAGGAACUGGGCGGUACCACUGAUAUAUGCAAACCCGCCAGUCCAAGCCCUGUCCCACUCAUGUCCCUCUUUCCCUCAGGCUGGCUCUGCCCCCACCCCCAGCAUGUACAUUGUGCUGUAGAUGUCCCGUGGGCCGCACGCGUGGGUGCCCACGGCGGGUGGGGGCGGGCGCUCAGGGCGCACUCGGCCGGCCCCUGCCCAUCCUCUCUGGCGUGGACGCUAUCGUCUGUGUACCUUUGCAUCCUUUGUAAUGAAACAUAAUAAAAAUCCAAUGUUUUCA